AUGGAGGAUUACAAGGACACCUACAACGCCAACACAGCGACUGCGAACAAGCCUAUUCAGAACGUUGGUGCCUUGUUCCAAACAAAAAAGGCGAACUUUGUUGAACUUUGCAAGUCGCUUCAGUCUGAUCAUGAAGCAUUCCAGUCUUCUAUCGCUGCAAAUAUCACAAAGCUUCAGGAGGACCUGGUGACAAAAAACAAGCUCAUGGAUGCUCUCGCCAUCAAGGAGGAAAAUUGUAAGGUGUUGGAAACAAAGAUUCACUACACUAAAAAGCAGGUUUUAAAAGCUAACUUCAAAUCAGUACCUGCUCAAAACACUUUAGAGAUGGAGUUGCAUAUCGUCACCACUUUUGCAGAUGAGUCUACACUUACAGCUUCAAAGCUAUUCUAUAGUUUUGGUGUGAUGAUAGCUUAA